AUGAGAGUUGCCCAGUUGCUUCGACAGCCCGUUGCUUUCCCGACUCGAUCCAGGCUCCUGGCCAGCAAGUUGGUGGCUACGACGACACUUCUUGUCUUCCAGUUGGCCUUCCUGGCUCUGCGCUGCCAGACCUCAGCAUUCCAAACUCCUGCGUCGAUCGCCGCCGAUGUUCUGACUCUUUUCGCUACGCUUACAGUCUUGUUGCUGUCUAUCCUGAACCAUCAAAGAUCGCCUCGACCCUCGACUCUCCUCAGCCUCUAUCUCUCGGUAUCCAUCAUACUUGGCAUUGCCCGUGUCCGGACAGCAUAUCUUUCCUCUCUGGGCGGCCGUUUACCAGCCAUCGCCACAGUCGUAUUGGUUUUCACCCUGGCGGUGCUCUUGCUAGAGUCAAUAGAGGUGAAGAAGAGACUUGCCGCGGCCGAUACCCCUGACAGAGAACAUGCAACUCCCGAGCAGAGCAGCGGCUUCUGGUCAAGAACUUGCUUUUUGUGGCUGGCGACUACCUUCUAUUUGGGGUACUCCAAAGUCAUAUCUCUCGGCGACUUACCAGUGCUUGAUUCAAACAUAGAAAGUCGCGUUCUUCACAGAAACUUGGCCGUUGCAUUGGAAAAAUAUGACCUUCAAAGUCGUCAUAGUCUCAUCAAAGCUUGCUUUAGGGGCUACCUUUGGUCCUUUCUGGCACCUGUCAUCCCCAGACUCUGUCUGACGGUCUUUACAUUCGCGCAACCGUUUCUCAUAAACACGACUGUAACCUUUGUGAGUAACAGAAACCCGGACGCUUACUACGGCAGAGGCCUCAUUGGGGCCUGGGUUUUGGUGUACCUGGGCAUCGCGGUUAGCAACUCUGUUUACCAGUACUACAACUUUCGCUUUACAACCAGGCUUCGAGGAGGUUUAAUCGCGCUUGUCUACCAACAAGCCGUUCAUACGAGAGAAGUCGAUGCUGGAGAAAUCACGGCGGUAGCCCUGAUGGGGACAGAUGUCGAACGUAUCUUUGGUGCCAUGUCUACAUUCCACAUGAUGUGGGGUUCGCUGCUUGAUAUUGCUGUUGCCAGCUGGCUUCUCGGGCUGCAACUAUCCCUCGCCUGUCUGGCACCAAUAGUUCUUGUAUUGGUUUUCAUCGCUGCAAUAUCGAAGAUCUCUGUGGCCAGCAGAAUAGCCCAGAUGCGGUGGAUCGAGAAGAUCCAGGAACGCCUUCGUGUCACCACAACGAUGCUCGGUGAAAUGAAGACUGUGAAGAUGCUCGGACUCGCAGAUGUCAUGUCGACAACGAUUGAGGAACUUCGCAAUGAUGAGAUCAACACCUCGAAGUCUUUCCGGAAGCUACUCGUGGCUACUCUAUUGCUAUCGCUCACCCCUAUCAAUCUUGCCCCCAUUGUUACCUUUGCCGUAUACGUCAUCAUCUCAGUCUUCUGGAAGAAUGAAACCCUGUUGCCCGCUCAGGCCUUCGUCUCCGUUGCAUUAAUUGGGCUCUUGACCACGCCUGUUGUCGUGUUCAUACAGCUGCUACCAAUGGUUGUCCAGUCGACUGCAUGCUUCGACCGCAUCCAAGACUUUUGCAAUUACGGUUCCCGACCUGCAACUCGCGAUAGACAAUGCAACACCUCCCAUUCGCCGCCUUCGACGGACAUCAGCCUUCUUCCACUGACAACUGAGGGCGGUAGCAAGCGGGGGGACCCCUCGCAGCAGCCGUAUGUCAUCUCGUUCAGAGGGAAUAGCUUCGGCUGGAACAAGGACCAGGCUGUGCUUCACGACCUUACCGUUGAUAUCCCUCGGAACGUGGUGACUGUUGUCAUUGGUCCCGUGGGAAGCGGCAAGUCAUCCUUCCUUAGCGCAAUACUGGGCGAGUUGAUCCCCAUGUCUCCUACUGCCGCGCAAGCCGUUGAAAAUUCUCUCAAAAAAGGUACAGCGGCAUAUUGUGCACAGAGCCCAUGGCUUGAGAACGGGACAGUUCGGCAAAACAUACUCGGCGUUGCAUUUUACGAUCAGAGAUGGUACGAUGCUGUUAUCUCGGCUUGCGGUCUUGAAACCGAUUUACAAGCGUUGCAAAAGGGAGACUACACACUUGUUGGUAGCAAAGGUGUCAAUCUCAGCGGUGGCCAAAAACAGCGAAUUGCUCUUGCCCGAGCUGUCUACUCAAGGCAGAAGAUGAUUGUCCUUGAUGAUGUCUUCAGCGGUAUGGAUGCCCACACGGCUAAUCAUGUCUCAAACCGUCUGUUUGGCACCAAUGGUAUUUUGCGAAGUCAACACAGGGAAAUCAUCAUCGCAACGCAUAGCCAUAAAAUCAUGGCCUUCGCCGACAUCAUCAUCUCCCUUGGCAAUGGCAGAAUACAAGAAUUCGGCAACCCCGCAGCCCUCGUGCGAGGUCAAGGAUAUACGAGCAAGCAAGGGCUGAACUUGUCAUCUGACGGUGUGUUGGAGGAUGUACAUAAGUCUGAUGAUUCUGUGACUCCCGACAAGCAGACAGCCACGCCAACCAACGAGAACCACCAAGAACAAAAGCGUCAUACGGAUAUCCGACGCAAGAACGGGGAGAAGUCAGUUUACGAAUACUACUUGAAGAAUGCCAGUUGGAAGGCGGUCACCCUCUACUCAAUUGCAGUUGUCGUGUGGAUCUUCUUCUCAGAGUUCUCCACCGUUUGGGUCAAAUGGUGGUCUGAAGCCAAUGCCGUCGGUGCCAACACAAGCGUGGGAUAUUACUUAGGCAUUUUCGCCCUGUUUGGCGUCCUUGGCACUCUGGGAGCUUCUUUGGCUGCCUGGUUUGCAUUCCUCGACGUCAUAACAAAUACAGCUCUCAAGCUGCACUCAGACCUCCUCAAGACUACGAUAGCGGCAUCCUUCCGUUUCCUGACCACAACAGACAAUGGCGAGAUUCUCAAUAGAUUCAGUGAAGAUAUGCAGCUUCUGGAUAUGGAUCUGCCAGCCAAUAUGGUGAAUUACACCUCCACGGCCAUGUCCAUCUUGGCUAAACUCAUUAUUCUCGCCGUCUUCUCCCAAUAUCUUGGUAUCACAAUCCCUUUCCUCACGACCGUGGUCUAUUUUCUGCAACGCUUCUACCUUCAGACGUCUCGCCAGAUCCGUCUUCUCGGGAUCGAAGCCAAGGCGCCCCUCUAUACCCACUUCUCCGAAUCCGUGGCUGGGGGAGCGACCAUUCGUGCCUUUGGAUGGCAAGCCCAGUACCAGGAACGUAAUUAUCACCGCAUUGACUUGUCCCAGAAGCCGAAUUACGUUCAAAGCUGCAUUCAGGCGUGGCUUAUAUUUGUGCUCGACUUGGUCGUGGCUGUACUUUCUGUCAUCCUUGUGUGCGUAGUUGUCAUUUGGCAUGAUAAAUUCAGUGCUGGAAGCGUCGGUGUCAACCUUGUCAUGGUCAUGAGUUUUAGCGAGGUGUUGGCUCGCCUGAUUCAAAGUUGGACCAAGCUUGAGUCCAGCGUGGGGGCUGUUGCAAGAGUAAGAAGAUUUGUAGUAGAGACCGAAACAGAGAAAACAGCUGGCAAGGGGCAGUUACCAAGGGAUUGGCCCCGUGGCGGAGCUGUCACCUUCUCCAAUGUUUUUGCGUCUUAUGGUCCUGAUGCAGAGCCCAUACUCAAGGGAGUCUCGUUGUCGGUGGAGGCCGGUGACCAUGUUGCUGUCUGUGGUCGCUCAGGCAGCGGCAAGACGUCGCUCGUCCUCAGCCUACUACAAAUGACAGACAUAAAGGAAGGUCAUAUCAACAUCGACGGUAUCGACGUAUCAACUUUGGUACCAUCGGAGCUUCGGUUAUGUAUCAAUGUUGUUUCCCAAGAUCCCUUCCUUAUGCCGGGAACUAUCCGAUUCAAUAUUGACCCGUUUAGCGUCGUUUCCGACGACGAAAGGAUUUCCCAAGCUCUCGACAGAGUUGGUCUUUCGAGACAUGUUCAAGAACAAGGCGGCUUGGGCUCGGAGAUUGAUGACAAAGCUUGGUCGGCUGGUCAGAAGCAGCUUCUUUGCAUGGCCAGGGCCAUGCUUCGGCAGUGCAAGCUUUUGAUUUUGGACGAGGCCAUGAGCAGUGUUGAUAGCGAGACCGAAGCGGUUAUGCAGGAUGUUAUUGACAAUGAAUUCCGCGACUGCACUGUUUUGGCUAUUAUGCACAGGCUCAAGAACAUCUUACGGUACGACUUAGUCACGCUUCUUGGUGACGGCGAAGUCUUGGAGAUCGGAGAGCCAUCUUCGCUGAUUGCAGGAGAUGGCCGGUUUGCUGAGCUAUACAGGAUGAACUUGAACUGA